AUGUCCGAUUUUGCCGAAAUACCAUAUACCCCUAGUAGGCAUGAAAAGAGUCUAGGACUCCUAACUACAAAAUUUGUCAGCUUGUUAGAGUCAGCUGAAGAUGGGAUAUUAGAUUUAAAAAUGGCUGCUGAUCAUCUGGCCGUCAGACAAAAAAGGAGAAUUUAUGACAUUACAAAUGUGUUGGAAGGCAUCGGUUUGAUUGAAAAAAGAUCCAAAAAUAGCAUACAAUGGAAGGGAGCACUAAGAUUGAAUAGCAAUCAUGCAGACUAUCAGAGCCGCAUCAACAGCAAGAAGGACCAAAUAUCAAAGAUGCUGAGUUACGAAGAAGAUUUGGACAGACUGAAAUCGUGCAUAGAGCAAAGUCUCUUAAAUGUUACAGAUGAACAUGAAAGCCAAAAACGGAAUUACUUGAAAGAUGAUGACAUAUGCAAAUGCCUGAAAGACCUGACCAUCCUAACAAUCAAGGCUCCUAAUGGCACACAACUCGUUGCAGCUGUUCCGACUGAUAAUAAUCAGCAAGACAAAUACAAGAUGACAAUCAAGAGUGUCAACGGGCCAAUCAACGUCCUAUUACUGAACAAAGAUUCUGAAAAUAGUGACCCUGUCGUUGUUCAGUCAACAGCUUGCAAGCCAUCUGCCAAACGUUUAAAAAUGGACACACCAAUACUUCCUGUCACACAGCAGUCCAUCCUUCUUCCUGCACUGACCCCAACAACGACAACAGCAGCAACGACAACUCCAAGACAUCAACAGCCUGAUUCAUUCCGCACCACCAGCAACAACAUCGCAACGACACCAACAUCGACACCAGCAUUCAGAAUGAUCACAAGAUCUUCACCUAGAAAGUACAGCAACAUUGUUAAUAAAAAUGUUGUUAAUGUCGUUGCUUACAACAACAACAACAAAACUUGUGGUAGCAGCAAUGUAGGCAGCAGCAACAACAACAAUAUGGUUCCGUCCACAUCUGCCAUUUGCAAUGACAAUGAUUUUGUUACCGAUAAUAUUACUGAUGUCAAAAAUGAAAACAAUGAAGAUUUUGUCAACUACGCCAUCAAUCAGUUCUUUCCAAAUAAUACAUUCAAUGAUAAAGAUGUGGAUUUGGAUGAGGUUUUUAAUUCAGACAUGUUUUCACAGUCACCACUUCGACUGAGUCCACCACCAUCGGAUAAGGACUACUACUUCAAGAUGUCUGACAGCGAAGGUGUCUGCGACCUAUUUGACAUCGAACUCUGCUAAUAUUUCUCAAUCUCUCUCUUUCUCCCUUAUUCUUACCUUUUCUUUAUUUGUUCUCUUCCUUUUCUCUACAUUCUCUGCUUGUUCUUAUUUGUUAUUGAAAUUCUUUUAUGAUGUACCUUUAUACUGUAAUUCUUUCUGUUAUCAUUUGUGGUUCACAAAACUGGUGCCUCUGUGUUGAGCUGAUGUUUGAACAUUUGUGUUUGUGUUAUUUAUGUUGUAUGUUUGUUUAUUUGUCUACUUUAAUGUAUGUUUGCCUGUUUGUCUGCUUGUUUGUCUCUUUGUUUGUUUGUAUGAAUGUUUGCAUUUGUUUUAUAAAGUUAGCUGUACACUCAUGUAGUAUAAGACUUGUAAAUAUUUUUUGAUAUUAAGAAAAACUAUCUGUGCUAAUUUUCGUUAGUUCUGUCGUUGAAUGUUUGUGGUUACAAGUUGAGUUUGAUGAUGAUGAUGAUGAUGAUGACGAUGGAAUUGAUGAUGAUGAAAUAUAUUAAUGAUGACGAUGAUGAUGAUGAUGAUGACCUCGAUAUCGGCAUACUGUGUUUAUGUUGUUGUUGUUGAUGAUGAUGAUGAUGAUAAAAUGAUGAAGAUUUUGGAGAUGAUGAUUGUAUCUUUCAGACAAUAGCCCUUAAGAAUUUUGUUGCGAUUUUUAAUUAAAUUAUCUCUACUUGAAUGAACAUUUGUUUGUCUAUUAUUAUUAUUAUUAUUAUUAUUAUUAUUAUUAUUAUUAUUAUUAUUGUUAUUAUUACUAUUACCAUUGUUGUUUUCCUCGUUUUAAAAUUGAAGUUUUCAUUAAAAAUUAUUAACGUUCUGUA